AUGUCACUUCACUAUGGGUUUAUGGAGGCAGCAAGGCUGUGCCUCACGACUGGGACUGUCUACACAGUGUGUGGGAGGCCCGUGGUGACUGGGAAAAUCUUUGGUGGCAAGAAUGCACCUGACCAGCGGUGGCCAUGGCAGGCCAGCCUGCUCUACCAUGGCAAGCACAUCUGUGGAGCAGUUCUCAUCGAUGCCUUCUGGGUGAUCUCAGCUGCCCACUGUUUCCAAAAGUCCCAUGAACCAUCAGACUACAAGAUCCUGCUAGGGUACCAUAGGCUACAACAUCCCACUGAGCACAGCCUGCAGAUGACGGUAUACCGACUCAUUGUCCACGAUGAUUUUAAUAAGUUUCACAUCAUGGGGAGCGACAUCGCAUUAUUGCAACUUCAUCGGUCUGUGAAUUUUACUUCCCACGUCCUCCCUGCCUGCCUCCCAGAGCCUAAUGCAACAUUGCCACUUUCUACCUCCUGCUGGAUAACUGGCUGGGGAAUGAUCACUGAGGAAGAGUUCCUGCCUCCACCUUCACAACUGCAGGAGGGAGAGGUUGGCAUCAUGGACAACGAGAUCUGUAAAAUUUAUUUCCAAUCACCAACCAGUAAAUACUCUCUUCAUGAAGAUAUGCUGUGUGCAGGGAACCUCAUUACUGGAAAGUCCAUCUGCAAAGGAGAUUCUGGAGGUCCCCUUGUCUGCAAGCUGAACAAUACCUGGUUUCUGAUGGGGCUGUCCAGCUGGAGCUUGGCUUGCCGCCAGCCCAUAAGCCCCAGCGUCUUCACCAGACUCACCCACUUCUCCAGCUGGAUCAGUAAGAAGCAGGAAGCCUUACCAAAUCCUGAUCCUUCUUCUGCUCCUCCUCAGAGCAAACCUCCUGCUUUGGAUGACUUUAAUUCUCUGGGCACUGUUCACAAGCCCAGGAACUGCACAACCCUGGUGUUUUCACAGACUUUCCUUCUGCUGCUGAUUUCCUUCAGGGCUCUGUGA